GUUAACACACCCUCGAGCCUUCAAACCCUCACCCUCAUUCUCUCUCUAACCUUCUGAGUCUUCUCCUCUUGCAUCUCUCUCUCUCUAUCUUAUACCCUGCAAUUCGCAAACCCUACCCUUCUCUCUCCGUCGCACUUCCACCCUCGCCGCAUUCGCAUUCCACCGCCGCAAUCUGCUUCCGCUCCUCCGUUCUCGGAUCUCUCUCUCUCCGUUUCCCCAAUUCCACCAAUCUCCAACUCCACCACACACCCAUGGGCGACGGCAAGAUGAAUCUCCCCGACGAUCUCUUCUCCUCCAAGCCUUCCGAUUUCCACUCAUCGCUUCUCAAAGAUGAGGCAUUUGGAGGACAUGGUGGGGAGAAAGGGAUUGCAGCGCUACUUGAUGAUUCCAAAGAUCAAGUGUCGUCUGACAGCAGCAUACCCUUAUCUCCACAGUGGCUGUAUUCUAAGCCUGUUGAUGUGAAGACAACUGCCAACCCAGUGGGGGUGAACUCCACCGAUCCCAUACUGAAAGAUAGUUGGCGCUUGGAGGGGUCUCAAGACAAGAAAGAUUGGAGGAGAGCUGCCCCUGAUGUUGACAUCAGUCGCCGCUGGCGUGAAGAGGAGAGAGAAACCAGCUUGCUUGGACGAAGGGAUCGCAGAAAAGAAGAUCGUCGUGUGGAGGUUACUUCAACCUCAGAGAAUAGAUCCUUGCCUGCUGAUCGCUGGCAUGAUAGCCGUGGUUCUGUCCAUGAUUCUCGUAGAGAGAACAAGUGGUCAUCAAGAUGGGGUCCUGAUGAUAAAGAAAAGGAUUCUCGAAGUGAGAAAAGGAAUGAUGUGGAUAAGGAAGAUGGUCAUACUGAAAAACAAUCUUCUGUUGCUAGCAACCGUACCGGUGCUGAUCGUGACACUGAUUCUCGUGAUAAAUGGAGGCCAAGACAUCGUGUGGAAGCUCAAACAGCUGGUGUGGCUACAUACCGUGCUGCACCUGGAUUUGGGCUGGAAAAAGGACGUAUAGAGGGCUCCAAUGUGCGAUUUUCACCUGGAAGAGGAAGGGCAAAUUUCAAUGAAAACCUACAAAUUGGGAGGCCUCCAUUAGGCUCUAGUGCUGGGUCUUCCCUUGUGGACAAGAAUAAAACCAUAUUAGGGAAGUCUAGUCUUGGUGCUGAUUCAUAUUACUACCCUAGGGGUAAGAUUCUUGAUAUAUAUCGUAAGCAAAAGGUUGAUCCAACUUUUGAAAGCAUGCCUUCUGAGAUGGAGCAUACAUCACCAAUAACCCAACUUAGUUCUGUUGAACCAUUAGCAUUUGUUGCUCCUGCUGUUGAGGAGGAGGGUGUCCUUAAAGAUAUAUGGAAGGGAAAAAUUACUAGCAGUGAAGUCUCAGGCUAUUCUGUUCGGGGAAAAGAUGGAGGGUUAAAUGAAGAUAUAUCAGGUCUUGGUGUUACUUUGAGCGAAGGAAAGCAACUGACAAUUGGGAGUGGUGAAAAGGUUAUAUCUAGAAUGAAUAUCCAAAAUGAAUCUGAGCAAAUUUUUAUUGGUUCAGCAUCAACUGCUGAUGGUUCAUCUAAAAAUGUAGUUAAGGAAGUUGCAACUUCUCAAGAAAUCAAGCAGAAACAUAUGCCUUCUCUUGGUGUAUAUGAGAAAGAUGAGAUCUCUGGUAACAACACUAGGGAGGGAAGCAUUCCCAGAAUCAAAGUUGCUGAAUCAGAGACUUUUGAUUACCAUCAGGGACAACUUUCAGCUUUUAAGGAACAUGCUACUCAGGAUGGUGUUGAGUCAAUUGGUGCUUCAGCAAUCAGUAGUAACCUACCUGAUGAUGCUCGCUCUCUUUUUGAUUUUUCAUCUUUGCAGCAAAAUGCCAGUGUUAAUCCACAGGACUUGAAACUUAAUGAAAAGAUGUAUGCUCUUGAGGAGUUGAGUUUGUGCUAUCUGGACCCUCAAGGGAUGGUUCAAGGACCCUUUCUUGGGAUUGACAUAAUUAUGUGGUUUGAACAAGGGUUUUUUGGGUUAGACUUACCUGUUCGCUUGUUUGAGGCCCCUGAAGGAUCACCAUUUCAUGAACUCGGUGACGUCAUGCCUCACUUGAAAGUCAAAACAGGACUAGAUUCUGGCAGUAACCUGGUUAAUCAAUCAGAGCCAUCUGAUGCCAAUGAAAGGAACCUAAAAGUAGAUGUACAUACAUUUGACUAUGGUAGCGAUGAUCAACCUUGGUCCUCAUCCCGACCUGAUACUACCUCAAAUGUUGGUAUUUCGUCUCAAAUGUCUUAUCAAAGUUAUCACUCCGAAAUCAAAUUCUCUGAUGAGCAGCGCUUCAAUAAUAUUGUUGCACAAGAUGAGGAUGCCACAUUUUCGAACUUGGCUGGAAGCAGCAAUGAUAACCCUUUGAUGCGGCCUGUGGGUGCCAAUGCUUCAUAUUCCCAUCCCACUGGAAGACCUAUUGCAAAUGAAAUUACUGGGAGUGAUACUCAAAAUAGUGAGGCAGAUAAGUUGCAUCCCUUUGGUUUAUUGAUGUCUGAGCUUAGAGAUGGCUCUCAUUUAAGGCGUGCACAAUCUUCCAACAAUUCUAUGAGAUUGGGUGAUCAGGGUCAUUUUCUAGAUCCAUUAAUUGAUAGAGAAGCUCCUUUUGCUGAUCAAAGCUCUGUUGGUGGCAUGGUUAAUCAGCCUUCUCUCAGAGAGGCAUGGCCUGAUGAGUACGGGGUGAAUAGGCAUUUUAGUCCUAAUCCACGUAUUGGUUCACUAGAAGAUCAGUUCUUGUCUCGUAUGGGACCAAAAUUUAAUAACUUUGAUGUGUCAGAACAUCUCAUGUUGCAAAAGAUGCAGAAGGACCGGCUUCAGCAGCAGACUAGUUUAUCUAAUCAUUUCCCUGCACAUCUUAAUGGGUCGGAUUUAGAGAGGUUUCCAGGUUUCUCUCUUUCUCAAAGCAAUAACCCAAGCAUCCAGCAGAUGGUGCCGAAUCCAGGGCCAGAUUUUGAACGUCUUCUGGAACUUCAGAUUCAACAACGCCAGCUUGAGCUUCAGCAACAGCAUGAUAUGCACCAUCAACAACAACUACUGCAACAAAUGAAACUGCAGCCCCAGCAUCAGCCUCAAGUUCAGCAAUUGCUUCUUGAACAGAUUAUGCAACAGCAGCAGAUGUCUGAUGCUAAUUUUGGACAGUCAAAACAUGAUCUUUCUAGGGAAAAUUUGUUGGAUCAGGUACAGUUGAGGAGAUACCUGCAUGACAUGCAGCAGAAUUCACAUUCUUUAAGGAACCUUGAUCCAUCCAUGGAGCAGAUUAUCCAAGCAAAUAUGGGUCUCAAUGCUGUCCAAGGAAGGCAAGCUGAUUUGUCUGAUCUCUUGUUGCAAGCAAGGCAUGGAAAUAUAUUGCCUUCUGAACAACAGCUUCAUUUUCAGCAAGAUCAGCUACAGGCACAGCAGUUAUCUGCGGCUCUUAGACAGCAGUUAGGUAUGGACGGGGAAAGGCAUUUUGGCCGGUCGUGGCCAAUUAAUGAAACUGGACAGUUGGUAAGAAAUCCAUCAAGCCAUCAAUUGGGUCAUUCAGCAGGAUUUAAUGUUUCAGAUAUCCACAAACAGCAGCAGAGGCUUGUGGCACAAGAGGAGCAAUUAAAUUAUCUGGGAAGGAAUCAUCUUGAGCAGAACCAGAGAGGAUUCUAUGAUCCUAGUUCUAUGAUGUUUGAGAGGUCUUCACCUGGUUCUGUUCAAGGAAGGGAACUACUAGAACGUCGUCGCUAUAUGCACCCAGCUGAGCAACUGGGUCCUGUGUCUUCUCACCACCUACAAUCAUCUGAUGAUCUGUUUGGCCACCAUUCCCUCUCUGGAAACAAUGGGCAUGUCGAAAAUAACUGGAUUGACCCACGGGUGCAACAACAUCUUGAAGCUGUGAGACAGAGAAGAGACUUAGGGGAUACUAUUGCAUCGGCAGAUCUAAACAUACCUUCUGCUGGAGCUCAUGAAGAAAGUUCAGCACGGGGUUUUAUGGACCUUCUUCAUCAAAAGCUGGGUCUUCAAUCCUCACAGUCGUCAAAUGUUGAUAAAUGGCACCCUCUUUCAUCAAGAAGUCAUGACAAAUCUUGGCAUGUUCCUGAGGCUAGCUCAUUAAUCCAUCCUUUUGAACUUGCACCAGAUCAGCAAGUUCAUCUGAAUGACCCAUUUUUAGAAAGGUCUCAAAGUGCUAAUUCAAGUGCCCUAAUGCAUGAUCAUUUGACCAACAUGCAUAUUACUGAGCAGUUCAACAAUCUAGGAAAUGCUGAAAGAAUGCCACUUCGGUCUAGAUCUGGAUCAUUACUUGAAGAGCAAUCACUACUAUCUGCAAAUAAGGAUAUUUUACAUUCCAAUUACAGAAUUCCUUUUCAGAUUGGUAAAUCAUCUAUGGAAAAAGACUUGCUUGAGUUGGAGACAAAUAAGGGACAUAGGCAUGAAUUCCUAGGCACAAUGAGCAAGUUAGCUCCUGGGAUGUCAGAUUUAUCAGAACAAGUGGAGAGCACGAUGAAUUCGAUGGAACUGCCUCCUAUUGCCCAUAGUAGACAUAGCUCACUAAGCAGUGCCGGUGGUGAUGGAAGCUCAUUUGGUCGUGAGAUGGGUUUGAAUAACUCCCGUGGAGAUGAAGUUUCUAGUGACAGGAUUCCUCCAACAUCAAAAGGGUUUGAUAACGCUUUCCAUAAACGUGCUCAUGUAUCUCGGGUUUUGUCCUCACCGGAUGUCCAGUCAGACCAACCAUCUGUACCCCAUUCCAAUCAGAACAAUUUAACAAGUCUAUCAUCCAGUGAAGGGAGAAGAGAGCCCGCUGGGAAUUUGUCAACUAGUAGCAUGACUGAUGCUCAAGCUUUGGGGAAGAAAGAGGUUCGAUUUAGAUCUUCAUCUUUUAGUGAAGGCGCUGGAUCAGAGACAUCAUUUAUAGACAUGCUCAAAAAACCUGUUCUUCCUGAGGUGGAUACACAUUCAACCAGCGGAGCUGGGACUGAGCCAUCUGACGGUGGACAAGCCGGCCGAAGUGGCAAAAAGAAGGGUAAGAAAGGAAAGCAGAUAGAUCCUUCACUUCUUGGUUUCAAGGUCUCCAGCAAUCGGAUCAUGAUGGGUGAGAUUCAACGCCCUGAAGAUUGAUAGUUACUUGUAGAUUGGCUGUAAAUUUUGUUUUGCCUUUCCAUUUUUGUUUUCAUUUUUUUCCGGAGGAAAGGGAUGAAUGGUGUAUAGUCCCGUUAGAGCAUAGCUUUAAUCUUUCAAUACAUCUCUUUACAUAGAUGUCAUAUUGUAUGCUUAUAUCUGAAAGCCCAUUUGGCGUUGACUAGUGUGUACAGUCACUGAUGAGUGGUGUAUAUACGAGGAAGCUAUGCGAUUUUAUAUAGAUGGAUGCAUCAGCGAUUUUUGUGGGAUAGAAUGGAAACUUAGAGGAAUUCAAAUUUAUCAUAAAAUUGUGAUUUUUGUGGA